CACAGAUUAUAUGAGAGGCGGAGCAACACUAGAGGGAAGGACCGUUUUUGCCGCAAAAAUCCUGAGAUGAAAGUGAAAGGAAGUAAUUGCAGAGAGACGUUUGGUGUUCUCUACUCUUGAAGUAAGCCUAAAGCUGUUGUUUACCGAAAACGCAUAAAAAACCCACGGAGAUGUCUGCUGCCUGCAAUUUCCUUUCUGAAGAGCACUUUCUGUGUUCCAUCUGUCUGGAUGUGUUCACUGAUCCAGUCACCAUACCAUGUGGACACAACUACUGCAAGAACUGCAUCACAGAACACUGGAAGAUUAAUGUCCAAAGCCAGUGUCCCAUGUGUAAAGAUCUUUUUGACAGAAGGCCUUUGUUGCGGGUCAAUACAUUCAUAUCUGAGAUGGCUGAUCAUUUCAGGAUGUCCAACAUAAAGAAAGUUAGCAGCUGCUCAGUGCUCUGUAAUGUCUGCCCUGAACCCAAACUGAAGGCGCUGAAGUCCUGCCUGGUGUGUUUCGCCUCCUACUGUGAAACUCACCUGGAGCUUCAUCACCAAAUCACAGGCCUGAAAAGACAUAAGCUGAUCGACCCUGUGGAGAACCUGGAAAACAGAAUGUGUAAGAGGCAUGAUAGACCUCUGGAGCUGUUCUGCACGACAGAUCAGGUGUGUGUAUGUCAGUUCUGCACUGAAUCAGACCACAAGAGACAUUCCAUUGUUCAUCUGAUUGAAGAAUAUAAACACAAGAAAGUUAAACUGGGGAAGACGCAGGCUGAAAUUCAACAGAUGAUACGGGAGAGGCGACUGAAGGUUCAGCAGAUGAAAGAUUCACUGAAGCUCAGCAAGGAUGAUGCAGACAGAGAGACAGCAGCCGGUGUUCAGGUCUUCACUGCUCUGAUCCAGUCUGUUGAGAGAAGCCUGGCUCACCUUAUGGAUGCAAUUGAAGAGAAGCAGGAAAAAGCAGAGAAACAGGCUAAAGGUUUCAUCGAAGAGCUUGAACGGGAAAUCUCCGAGCUGAUGAAGAGAAGCACCGAGGUGGAGAAUCUCUCACGCACUGACGACCACCUGAAUUUUCUUCAAAGUCUCCCAUCCUUAAGUCCUGCUCCACCCACCAAAGACUGGACGGACGUCCGAUUUCAGUCUUCAUUCAUGGGCACUGUGGGAAGAGCUGUGGCUCAGCUGGAGGAGACACUCAGUAAAGAGAUGAAGGAGCUGUGUACUGAUGUUGAGCUGAAGAGGGUAAAGCAGUAUGCAGUAGAUGUUACUCUUGAUCCUGACACUGCUAGUUCCUAUCUCAUCCUGUCGGAGGGUGGGAAACAAGUAAAGUGUAGUGAUACACAAAAUGAUGUCCCAGACAACCCAUUGAGAUUCUCCAUCUGUAACGGUGUUUUAGGAAAGCAGAGUUUUUCUUCAGGUAGAUUUUACUUCGAAGUUGAGGUUGGAGGCAAAACUGAAUGGGACCUAGGGGUGGCCAAUGAAUCGGUCAUCAGGAAGGGAAAGGUACGAUUGUCCCCUAAGAAUGGCUUUUGGAGUAUAUGGUUGAGAAAUGUAGAUGAGUAUAAAGCUCUUGCAGGCCCUGGUGUCCUUCUCAUACUGAAGAGGAAGCCUCAGAAACUGGGAGUGUUUGUGGAUUAUGAGGAAGGUCUGGUCUCCUUUUAUGACGUAGAUGCUGCAGCUCUGAUCUACUCCUUUACUGGCUGCUCUUUCACUGAGAAAAUCUACCCAUACUUCAGUCCUUGCAGUAAUAGCGGUGGCAGAAACGCUGCCCCCAUGAUCCUGCUCCCUCCAUGCCAAACAAAUUAGACAUAGCAAUUUAUUUCAUCUGCUAAUCUCCUCAAUUACUU